CAAUGAUUAAUACAUAUUGGUAAUCGUACAACCCAUCACGAUUUUUUUUUUUAUCAAAAGAAACACUUUUAUGUAUGUGUAGCUGACUUUCAAAAUUAUCUUGUUGUGAAAAUGUACCAUGUCAGCCUAAGCAUGUUGGGGAGACGAAAAGCCUUCCACGAUGUUAAAUAAAUGCUGUGCCGAUGGUAAUCACGUGUCUGUAAACCGAUUGCUACUACUUGUCACCCUCUCAUUAAGUCUAUCGCUGGGUAGCAUCCGCCACGACCGUCGGCACCCCCACCACUACAAAGGGUUCCAAGUGCACUUCGAAAUGUCAAAUAUAAGCUACAAGAUUCCACACCAUAAAUUUGGGUUCCCCCACUCCGAAUUCCGAUCCCUGGUGGACCCCAGUGUGAGUGACGUGAUAAAGAGUGACUUAACUUUGUGGCCGGUCAAGAAGGAGGCGGUGUUGGAAGGUGACGUAAUUUUGGGAGGUCUCAUGAUGGUUCAUGAAAGAGAAGAUUCCGUGACUUGCGGACCCAUCAUGCCUCAAGGAGGAAUACAGGCUUUGGAAACGAUGUUGUUCACUCUGGAUGUGAUAAAUUCACAAGGCUUGCUACCCUUCACACUUGGUGCUCAUAUUCUUGACGAUUGCGAUAAGGACACUUAUGGGCUAGAGAUGGCUGUGGAUUUCAUCAAAGGGUCCAUCAGCAACAUAGAUGACACCGAGUUCUACUGCAACAAAAGCUCAGUUCGUAAAGUGAUUUCUGGAGUUGUUGGAGCAGCUUCCAGUGUCACCUCUAUACAAGUAGCUAACUUGCUCAGGUUGUUUAAGAUUCCACAGGUGUCCUUUUUCUCCACAUCUCCGGAGCUGAGUAACAAACAGAGGUUCGAGUAUUUCACGAGAACCAUCCCAUCAGACCAUCACCAGGUCAAAGCUAUGGUAGAAAUAGUCCGGAGGUUAGGCUGGAGUUACGUAUCGAUCAUCUAUGAGGAGUCCAACUACGGCAUUAAGGCAUUCGAAGAGCUUGAAGUUCUACUAGCUAAGUAUGACAUCUGCAUAGCUAUAAAAGAAAAGCUAGUGAAGGAUUCCGGUGUGGCUGAAGAGAGUGCUUAUGACUACAUAGUGCAAAAACUCCUUACAAAACCCCGAGCUAGAGGAGCUAUAGUUUUCGGGUCUGAUCAAGAGGUGGCUGGUUUGAUGAAAGCCAUUCGUCGCUGUAACGCCACAGGCAGCUUCUCAUGGAUAGGCAGCGACGGCUGGUCAGCGAGGUCCUUAGUUUGGCAGGGCAGUGAGGCUGAAGUUGAGGGAACCCUUAGUGUGCAACCUCAGGCCAACCCUGUGUUAGGGUUUGACACAUACUUCCUCAACCUGACUGUGGAGAACAACAAGAGGAACCCUUGGUUCGUAGAGUUUUGGGAGGAUCACUUCCACUGCCGGUACCCCAACAGUUCGCGGACCCCUCACAACUUCAAAUAUACCCGCCAGUGUACCACCCAGGAGCGACUCACAAGAGGGAACACAGCCUUCGAGAACCAGCUUCAGUUUGUUAGCGAUGCGGUGAUGGCCUUCGCACACGCCUUCAAGGACAUGCAUGCGGAGGUGUGCCACGGUCGCCCAGGACUGUGCGAGGCGAUGAGGCCUACCAGAGGUCCAGAACUGCUCAGGCACCUGAAGAAUGUCAACUUUAAAGGACUAUCAGGUGACAAGUUCAAGUUUGACCCCAAUGGUGACGGACCAGCCCGGUACAACAUAAUUCACUUCAAACAAGUAACAGCUGGCAACUACCAGUGGGUUAGGGUCGGAGAAUAUGAUGAUGGGGAGCUGAGACUGAACAUGACUGGUAUUCAGUUUAAACUGUCACAUCCUCAGCCUCCUGAAAGUGUAUGCAGCCCGGCCUGUGAACUCGGACAAGCCAAGAAAUACGUGGAGGGAGAGUCUUGCUGUUGGCACUGCUUUAACUGUUCGCAGUAUCAGAUAAGACACCCAAUGGAUGAGACGCAGUGUGUCAACUGCCCAGAAGGAACAGUUCCGGACAUCACCAAACAGGCUUGUCUUAACAUCCCAGAGGUUUUCCUCAGAGCAGAGAGCGCCUGGGCCAUCGGAGCAAUGUCAUUCUCUACAACUGGUAUUCUGGUUACCCUCUUUGUCGCUGGAGUGUUCAUACGUCACAACGACACGCCGGUAGUAAAAGCUGCUGGUAGGGAACUCAGCUAUGUACUACUCACUGGCAUACUACUCUGCUACCUGGUCACCUUUGCAUUGGUACUGCGACCUACCAACACAGUUUGCGGCGUACAAAGGUUUGGCGCAGGAUUCUGCUUUACAGUUGUGUACGCAGCUCUGCUCACCAAGACCAACAGAAUCUCACGUAUAUUCAACGCAGGAAAGCGGACUGCUAAGAGACCUUCAUUCAUCACUCCCAAGUCUCAGAUCAUCAUCUGCUCUGGCCUAUGCAGCGUACAGGUUAUCAUCAACGUGGUCUGGUUCUUUCUGUCACCUCCUCGUGCCAUCCACCACUAUCCCACGAGAGAAGACAACCUUUUGAUCUGUUCCUCGUACGUGGACGCCUCCCACAUGAUAGCUUUCGGGUAUCCAAUCGUGUUGAUCGUCGUUUGCACCGUGUACGCUGUCAAGACGAGAAACAUCCCAGAGGCAUUCAACGAGAGCAAGCACAUCGGGUUCACUAUGUACACAACAUGUGUGAUUUGGUUGGCGUUUGUUCCCCUGUACUUCGGCACAGGCAACCACAUGCCGCUGAGGAUCACCUCAAUGUCUGUCACCAUCAGCCUGUCUGCCAGCGUAACGAUAGCCUGCCUCUUCUCUCCAAAGCUGUACAUAAUCUUGGUGAGGCCGGAGCGUAACGUACGUCAGAGUAUGAUGGCGGGGGCGUCGUCUAGAUACUCUGCCACCCUUAAGUCUGGCACUAGUGGCAGCGUGAUGGUAGCAGCGGUUUCUACAACGCAUAGGCUAUCUCAGCCCUUCAUAGCUGCCACGGGGCCCUUAGGAGGAUCGAGGUGUAUAGACAUCGAGAUGUGCUCAGAUUUUGUAAAUAAGAAACCAAUGUUGGUUAGCAGAUCGACUCAAACACUAUCUCCUGUAGCUAGCAACAACAAUUUGGUCAGCAAUGUGAUAGGCAAUGGACCUUUGGAUGGAGUAUCAUUGUAGCAUCAAAAAACUCCUCUAGAGGAUUGUGUUGAAUUAUAACUCAGACUCAGCUGAUAUAGACGACUAUCAAAGCUGGAACAAUGAUGUAGAUUGUUUAUGAUUUAUGAAAAUAGUUAGAGUUUGGCAGUAGUCUUGCCUCCGAAUCGAACUAAAACAUCAUAAGUUACAUCCUUAUGUUAAAGCUGAUGUUAUUUUUUUAUAAACGAAGUUUUAUUGAGCUAGUAACAGCGCUGCUGUAAAUUACUUAUUUCUUCCGUACACACCAAUGUUUCAACGAAGCUAAACCAAAAAGAUAACACUAAUAAACUUUAUCAUGUUUUAUGUAAUUUAAUUAUCCUGGUACAAAAAUGAGAACACUGGACUUAAACAGUACUCUUUAACUCUGUAAAUGACUUAGCUACAUAUACUUCAGCAUCCAAAAGUCAGUUGCUCCAACAACAGGUACAAUCAUAACAGAGAAUAUUUGUGUGAAAUGAUCAACGCUUUAUUAUAGCGACAAUUUGUAGCGAUGUACUAUUCACUUAAAAGUGCCAAAUCAGUAAUUUGAGUAACCUUACUGAUACGUACAGACAGACAGUAUUGUAUUUUUGUAUUUAUUAUAUUUAAGUCCAAAGUUGUAAAUAAAUGUAAAAUAUGUAACCUGACCCGGAAAUGAGAAUAAGAAUGUUUUACCUUACUUCCGGGGAGUCAUUACCCAGACAUCCGGUGGCAAUGAGCCCUGCUCCCGGAUGUCCAGAGACGCUUUUCCGGAGCUUUCCCACAUGCUGUUUCGAAUGUACAAAAAUAUACGUAAUUCGUAAAAUGUUACUGUGAUUAUGUAUUUUUGGUACAUAGUUGAGGUUAAAUUUUAAAAAAUUUUUGUUUUCAAAACUGAUUUCAUUGCAGGAAUAUGACGUUCUAUAUCUCCUAUAUAUUUAUUGAAAUUGAUUACAGAAUGUAUUGUAUUCUAUUCAUACGAUGUUACUCCUGACGAUAUUACCUAUGU